AUGUACAAUUCUACAUCUCCCAUUUCUUCCUUCACACCUUCCUCACCUACUUUACCCUCUUCAUCUUCCUCUUCUAAUAAUAAUAACGAUAAUGUUGAGAACAAUGAUAUUAUAACAUCAUCACCAAUUUCUAUACAAAAUCAACGAUUAUCACCAAUUCCAUUACAACGAUCUUCUUCUUUACAAUCACAACCUUCGUUAUUGAUAGAAAGACCAAACACGCCAACUUAUACACGUAAAUCAACAAGACAUUUAUCACAACAAGAGCCUGAUACAACUGCUAUUUGGGGAUGGAUCUUAUUAAUUCUCACAUUUGUUAUAUUUGUGUUUAGUAUGUAUGCCAUUGUUUUUAGCAAGCUCAUACCAGAAACCGGAAAUAAGACAUUGGAUUUGAUUAAAAAAGAUGAAUAUUAUUGUUUGUUAAUUCCACUUACUUUACCUGUAACCAUAUAUGCUAUAUUUUGGAAUUGGUUAG